GUUGAGUGUAUUUCUAUGGAACUGGAUAAUGAUUCACCAAUUUUACAACUUACAGAAAGCGAUGUUGAAGAUAACUUUACAAUACCUGUAGAAGCUUUGCCCAAUGUGCAAAUCCCGCAUCAGGAUCUGGCUUAUGACGGACUACCAGUACCUGCUAUGGUCUCGUACAUUGAAUCUCCGGGUCUUUUUUAUCUUCAUCUUGUAAACAGUGAGACAGCAACUAUAGACAGCUUCUGUAGUUCCAUGACGGAGUACUACAAGGGGGAUACUGAACCUCUACAAGUAAAUCGGUUUCCACUGGGGUCCCACUGGGCCGUCUGUGGCAGUGAUGGAUUGUGGUAUCGGUGCCAGAUACUUUCCAACCUGUUUUUAGAUAAUCAGGAUAUCCUAGAAGGUGGGCCGAGAAUGAAAGCCCGUUUUAUUGAUUACGGACACUGCACUGAAGUCAAGGUUAAGGAUGUCAGGGUCUUGGGGGAAGAAUUCACGCUGCUGCCUGCCCUCGCUGUGCCUUGCUGCCUGGCCAAGGUAUACCCUCAGCAUGCCUGGGAAAAGAGUCCUUGGCCCUUGGAAAGCAUCGAAGCUUUUCGGAAGUUGUGCGGAGACCCUGACUCGGUCCUUCAGACUUAUUUCACAAGACUUAAUUGGAGCAGCAGAAAUGAGGUUAUUUUGGAAACUACAGAAGGCCUGGUCAUCAAUGAAGAACUUGUCGUCCAGGGCUUUGCCGUAUCGAAAGUUUUGCUUCAAGCUGUGAACAAAGAUGAGGUAUCGUGUGAAGCCACUAGUGAUCCUUCAGAAGCUGUGGAAAAUUCAGCAGAUUUUGAGACACUUCCAUCUAACUGGGAAUCAUCUGAGAAGGAAAGAACGCAGAAAGAAGAAAGUGUUGUAUUCGUGGGGUUCAGGAAUAGGGACGAAUCACGCUUGUGCAAAUAUUUCCGAAGGAGACGUCGCUGUCCAAGAGGAGAUGCAUGUCAGUGGGAACACGUCAGGCAAUACGAGGGUGUGACUGUGGCGAGGGAAGAAGUCAUAGCAGAUUGUGGUGUGCCUUCACUUCCGGACAUUGGAACCAUCGUCUCGGCUUGCGUGACACAUGUGAACGCUCCGUCUCAGCUGUACAUUUUCUUUCCUCAUGGCAUAAGCGACCUUCGUGUGUCAGAGGACGUGUAUGAGGAAAAUCAAGAGAGUUUCGCUGCAUUGUUUGAAGCCAUGAGGGAACAUUACAAAAAUCCCCCUCGUAAACUUCGCCCAAUGCUACCAGCUUGUGGAGAACUGCUUGUGUACUGUCGCGCGGCGCCAGGAGGGGCGGAGUGCCUGAGAGUGAGGGUGCUGGAAGUCAAUGACCAGUGCGAAAUCCCCAGUGUGAAAGUUUUGUUUUUAGAUGUGGGCAAUAUAGCCUGGGUCAAAGAAGAUCAGUUGCAGCCAUUAGCCAUACAGUUCAGUCAUAUGCCUCCACAGGCUAUAGAGAGCUGGCUCGUUGGGGUUGAUUCAGAUGCUCGCUGGAAUAUCGAAGCUGCUACAUACCUCAAAGAAAUUACAAAUGACCGCAUUCUCGUUGGAUAUGUGGAUGAGGUGCAUAGAGAAUCUCAUCGCGUUGGUAUACAUUUGUUCAGUACAGAUGAUGGAGAAGAUCUAGAUAUCAAUGCAGCAGUUCAGGAAUAUGUGGAACAUUGUAAACUACCUCUAAGUGGCUCAGGAAAUUCUUCAGAACAGAAAUACAAGGACUUUGUUUUGUAAUUAGUUUAGUCAAAUUAAUUUUCUGUUUAUCAUAUGUUUCUUAUUUUUGAGUGAGGAAUACUGUAAAGUCAAGAAUGUAGUUAGUGAUGCUGUACACAAAAAAUUAUUUGCUUUAAAUUUCUUAUCUUUCCCUAAAUAUUCAGUGAUUGUAUUGCAAUUCAAGAAAGAACUUUUUAUGUUCAUGAUCAUCAUCCAUUGUUUUUUUUUAUAUAUGUCAAGAUUAGCAUAAAAUGUGUAUGAUAAGAAAGGACUUAUCAUACGAAGAAUAAACCACUUUCAAAAAUA